AAUCAGAUUCAACACUGGUACCCUGGAAGGACCAAUGAGCUACUGCCUUAUUGGAGGAUCGACUUUGGGCGGAAGUGUCUGUGUAGCCUGAAAGAAGCGAGAUGGGGGUGAAGCUCGAGGUGUUUCGGAUGAUUGUGUACCUCACUUUCCCUGUGGCCAUGUUCUGGAUCUCCAAUCAGGCUGACUGGUUUGAGAGUUACGUCGUCCAGCGCAAGAGGGAGCUAUGGCCGCCUGAGAAGGAGGGCCAGCACCAAGAGCUAGAAGAAUUCAAAGAGAGAAUGCGGAAGCGGCGGGAGGAGAAACUCCUCCGAGCUGCCCAGCAGAGCUCCUGAGACCACCGAGCAUUUUAAUCCCAGUCCUUCUGCCAACGAAAUAAAACAGACUCAGUUCCUGA